UUCCUUCAUUCAAUGCAACUCAAUCCCCUCUCUCUCUCUCUCUCUCUCUCUCUCUGUUUAUGGCUUUGGGACUGUAAAAGAAUUUCUUCCCACGGACCCAGCUCCCUCUCGCUCGCUCGCUCGCUCCCUGGGGUGGAUUGUCUCGGUUGGACUCAGCUGUCAGAUUGUAGAAGCUCGAAUCAUGUUUCGCCGUCGGAGUAAUUCUCAUCACAAUCAGGAGAAUGAUGAGCUGCACUCUGAGUCAAAGGUGAAUGAGCUUAGAGCUGCUCUUGGACCCCUAUCUGGACGUAGCUUACAGUACUGCAAUGAUGCUUGCUUGAGGAGAUAUUUGGCUGCUCGGAACUUCAAUGUGGAUAAAUCAAGGAAAAUGUUGGAAGCGACAGUUAAGUGGAGAACAACCUAUAAACCUGAGGAAAUUCGUUGGCAUGAAAUUGCAGUAGAAGGUGAGACUGGAAAAGUAUUCAGGGCAAAUUUUCGUGACCGCCAUGGGAGGACUGUUCUGAUACUGAGGCCAGCAUUGCAGAAUACAAAUUCAAUAGACAAUCAGAUCAGACACCUAGUGUAUCUCUUGGAGAAUGCCAUCCUCAACCUUCCAGAAGGUCAAGAGCAAAUGGCAUGGUUAAUAGACUUUAGUGGAUGGUCUCUAAACACCAGUGUACCCAUCAAGUCUGCUCGGGAGACUGUCAACAUUCUGCAGAACCACUACCCUGAAAGGCUAGCCGUAGCCUUUCUCUACAGCCCGCCAAAAAUAUUUGAAGCAUUCUGGAAGAUUGUUAAAUAUUUCUUGGAUUCCAAAACUUUCCAGAAGGUGAAAUUCGUAUACCCAAUGAAUAAAGAUAGUGUCGAGCUCAUGAGGUCCUACUUUGAUGUCGACAAUCUGCCAACCGAGUUUGGUGGAAAGGCAACAUUGACGUACAAUCACGAGGAGUUCUCAAGGUUGAUGACAGAAGACGAUGAACGAACUGCAAGUUUCUGGGGUUUCAGUGACAAGCCCAAGCUCACCAACAAUGGCUACUCUGGAGCAGAGGUGGCUCCAGAACCGGAACCCCUUGCACCACCAGCCAGCUAACCGGUUGUCCUCUUAACUCCAUUGAAGUUCUUAUGAGUUAAAAAAAAGCUCUUGAUGAGAAUUGAAGUUUUAGUGAGUUAAAGGAGCUCUUGACGAGACUGGUUGUGUUGAGGAACACUAACAAGUAGCAGCACGUGUUGCUGUCCACCAAGAAAACAGAGAAUUUAAGUAAGCUAAACAAUUUGUCCUCCUAUCUUAUUGUCAUUUGUGGUUAUUAUGCCUGUUUUUUAGCUUUAAAACAUUCAUCAUUCAUGUUGGAUAACUCUUCAAAUUCAAAUAUGAGAAUUAUAGAAUCUGUCAA